AUACGAAAUUGAUAGUAUUCUAGUGGUUAUUGCAAAAUCGGUAGUUAUGGGCGACAAGAAAAUUGAAUCCGAAAUAAAUCUCGAAGGGUCAACGGAGCCCCGCAAAACAGGAAGGAAAUAUAUUCAACCAAAUGAGAACAGAAAAAAUACCACAUUUGAGAAAAUCGCAAUCCUUCUGUCCUGGGUCGUCGUUGUCCUCACCUUUCCCUUGAGCAUAUUUUUCUGUUUUACUACAAUCCCCGAAUACAAACGAGCCAUUUUCUUCCGCCUCGGGCGGGUCAGGAAGGGCGCAGCAGGGCCGGGUCUGGUCUGGUAUCUGCCUUGCAUCGAUUCCUACGCCCUUGUGGACUUGCGCACCAGAGUGGAGGUCAUUCCCACUCAGGAGAUGAUCACCAGGGACUCGGUCACAAUCAGCGUCGAUGCGGUGCUCUUCUACUAUAUCACUGGCUCACUGCAUGCGACCAUUCAGAUCUCAAAUGUGCACGAGUCGACGCUCUUCAUAGCGCAGACAACGCUGCGUAAUGUCGUGGGUGGCAAAACACUCCACGAGCUGUUGACCUCCAGGGAGUCACUGUCCCACGAAAUUGGCAUUGCCGUCGACCGGGCCACUGAGAAGUGGGGAGUGAGAAUCGAACGAGUCGCACUCAAGGACAUCAAUCUACCGGAAAUACUUCAUCGAACCAUGGCCGCCGAGGCCGAGGCUCUGAGGGAAGCCCGCGCCAAGAUCAUAUCUGCGGAGGGAGAGGUGUUGGCCUCGCAGGCCUUGAAGGAGGCAUCCGACGUGAUGGCUAAGAAUAAAAUCACUUUGCAGCUGCGGCAUUUGCAAAUAUUGACCUCGAUUGCCCACGAGCGCAUGGUCACCAUUUAUUAUCCCUUCCCACUGGAGAUACUGACGCCAUUCGAGACUCGUAAAAAAGGCGGAUGUGUCAGUAGUGAGUCCCUGAUGCCGAUCCUUAGGCCCCGAACUGAAAUUCAAUCGGCAAUGUCUUCGACUGAAAGCAACGAAACUGACGACGAGUAAAGGCUCUGGGAAACUGAAUUCCCUCCAGUUUCUGCUGUACUUUUUAUAUGGGAACGUAACUUAAUAUUCCUGCUUUUAAUUCAAUU